UUGGGUUCGGUGGCCAUCAGGGCUGCUAUCGAGAGGGCCGGCAUCGCACCCGAAAACGUGGACGAAGUGAUCGUCGGUCACGUACUGAGCGCAGGCAAUGGUCACCUGACGAGCAUUCAGGCGGCCAUAGAAGCCGGUCUACCGGCGAGCACAGCCUCCACUGGGAUAAACAAGGCGUGCGCUUCAGGCAUGAAAGCUAUUAUGUUGUCCGCAACGUCUAUACGGGUGGGCGAUAAUGAUGUGGUGGUGGCCGGAGGUAUGGAAUCCAUGUCUAACACACCAUAUCUACUGCCGCGCGGAGAGUUGCCAUACGGGGGCGCGACUCUCAAAGAUGGUAUACUUGUCGACGAUUUAGACGACCCCUUCAGCGGCAAACACGCGGGCUAUUUGGCCGAUAAGGAGGCCGUCAAACAGGGCAUAACCCGCGCGGCUCAGGACAAAUACGCGGCCAACAGUUAUCGUCGCAGCGCUCGGGCGGCCGACGAAGGCCUAACGGCCAAAGAGAUAGUGCCGGUGACUGUCGCCGGAAAACGUGGUAAACCAGGCGUUACGGUCAUCGACGACGAGGAAUAUAAGAAAAUAAAUAUCGAUCGCAUGCCAUCGUUGGCGCCGGUGUUCGUAAAGGACGGCACGGGAACUGUUACGGCCGCCAACGCCAGUACGCUCAACGACGGCGCCGCCGCGGCUGUACUCAUGUCGGGCGCAGCCGUCAGGAAGUUUGGUGUCAGACCGUUGGCCAAAGUGAUCGCUUACGCCGACGCGGCUGUAGAACCGGAAGGCUUUACCAGAGCCCCGGCCUUAGCCAUACCCAAGGUGUUGGCGAAGGCAGGUCUGGACAAGUCUGAGAUCGCGCACUGGGAGAUCAAUGAGGCGUUUAGUAACGUUCCCUUACUUUGCAUUAAACUCCUGGGUUUAGACCCCGAAAGAGUGAAUCCGAAUGGCGGCGCCGUAUCUCUCGGCCACCCUUUAGGCUGUUCCGGCGCUCGUAUUGUCAACCAUUUGGCGCUACACCUGAAGCCCAAUGAGUACGGAUUGGCAGCCAUUUGUAACGGCGGUGGCGGCGCUUCCGCUAUAUUGAUCCAGAAGUUAUAAUAAUCAAUGAUUAUUAAUUAUAUAUCAAAUUAAUUUACCUUUAAUUUACCUAUAUGUUAAAUAAAAUAAUAUAUAUUAAUUAAUCAUGAUUAUAUUGUUGUACAAU